UUGUCUAACUGUCUCUUUUCUAAGUUAGCCCGUUUCGAGAAGAAAACAAGAAAGAGAGAAAACAAGAGGAAAUGGAGACGAAGCAAUCUCCUCUACCUAAGAAAUCCAACAGCUUCUCUUCCUCCAGCCGCGAAGAGAAGCUCCGAGAAUCUGACAGGAACCUUUCCUUAGGUGCCAUCAAAUUUGGAGAUAGACACGAGAAGAAGGAGACAGAUGGUAGCAAGGAGGACUCUAUAGAGGAAGAGGUAGAGAAGGAGGACAAGGAACAGGAGAGAGUGGAGGAGAAGGCUACAGAGGAGGAGGAAACAAGCAAUGAGAAUGUCGAAGAGUCCGAUCCCAGCUUCAUUGCCAUCUCCGAUGAGAUCGAUCACUUCCUCGGCGUCCUUGCCAGCCUCCAAGAUGUUCAGGAUCAAGGUUAUGAGCUACCUAAGCUCCCCGAACCGAUCAUCGAGAAGUUCAUCGAUGUGUUGGAGAAGGAGAUCGCCACGUACGAGUCGGGCGGGCAAAAAUGGUCUCCCGACCAUGACGAGAUCUCCCUCCUCGACGCUUUCAAUCGAGUUCACAAGCUGGCAUCGGCGCUAACACCAUUCUCGUCGGAGCCCAGGUACAACCAUGCCAUGAACCGCGCCGGCGUCGUCCUCCACGAUGCCAUGGCCUUCCUCGAAGACGAAUUCUUUUCGCUCCUCGACGAGAAUUCUCGUGGAAAGCAGCAGGACCCGGGCAGCACCAGCUCGAAGACUAAGCGUCCGCCAUCUUUCAGUCGACCACAACAACAACAACAACAUGAACAUGUGGACAGGUGCAUUUUGCCGUCAGCUGAAUCCAGCACCAUUAAUGAAGAAUAUCCACAAACAUAUCCAACGGAUAUCGUGGAGAGAUUACGAAGCAUUGCGGCGGUGAUGAUCUCUGCGGGCUACGUGACCGAGUGCUGCGAGGUGUUCAGCGUUGCCCGGCGCAAUGCCAUCUUUGCAAGCCUAUCGAGCCUCGGAUGCGAGAAAAUCAGCAUCGACGAUGUGCAGAGAAUGGCUUGGGAUUCACUGGAGGGCGAGAUCGCAACGUGGAUCAAGGCCUUUCGGCACUCGAUCACCGUCUCAUUCCCCAGCGAGCGCGAGCUCUUCGAUACCGUCUUCUCGGGCCACAAAGACAUAGCCGACAGCCUCUUCAACAGCCUCGCCCUCGGGGCCAUCUCUCAGCUCCUCAAUUUCGCGGAGGCCGUCGCCAUGACGAAUCGCUCCGCGGAGAAGCUCUUCAAGAUGCUCGACAUAUAUGAGACCUUGAGAGACUCGACGCCGACCAUCGAUGCCAUCUUCUCCGUCGAUGGGAACGAGGAGGAGUCGCUCGCUUCACCAGUGAUGGAUCUCAAGUCGGAGAUCUCCGCCCUCCGGUGCCGUCUCGGGGAGGCGGCGGUCGCGAUCUUCGGCGACCUCGAGAGCUCGAUCAAGACCGACACGGGGAAGACGCCCGUGCCCGGAGGCGCCGUCCACCCUCUCACCCGCUACGUCAUGAAUUACCUCAAAUAUGCGUGCGAAUACAAGAACACAUUGGAGCAGGUCUUCAAAGACCACCAGAGAACCGAGAGGCCGUCAUCCUACGACGGCGACGAUGAGCCGCCGGGUAGCACCAGAAACAAUGAUAACCAAAGCGACGGCGGUAUUGCAGAUGAUCCGAAACCAUUCGCAGCCCAAUUGAUGGUGGUGAUGGAGUUGCUGCAUUCGAAUUUGGAUGCCAAAUCUAGGCUCUACAAAGAUCAGGCACUGUGCAACAUAUUCUUGAUGAACAAUGGGAGGUAUAUCAUGAAGAAGAUCAAGGGGGCAGCGGAGAUCCAUGAGCUUCUCGGCGAUGCAUGGUGCCGGAAAAGGUCAUCGGAGUUGAGGCAGUACCACAAGAACUACCAGCGGGAGACGUGGUCGAAGGUGCUCGCGUGUUUCAAGGAUGAAGGCCUGAAUGUAAGGGGGAAUGUGUCGAAGCCUGUGCUCAAGGAGCGGUUCAAGAGCUUCAACGCCAUGAUCGACGAGAUCCACAAGACGCAGAGCUCGUGGGUGGUGAGCGAUGAGCAGUUGCAGUCGGAGAUGAGGGUAUCGAUAUCGGCGGUGGUGGUGCCGGCAUACCGGUCGUUUUUGGGGCGGUUCUCGCAGUACCUCGACCCGGGGCGGCAGACGGAGAAGUACAUCAAGUUUGGGGCGGAUGACCUCGAGAAUUAUAUUGAUGAGCUCUUCGACGGCAACCCUUCCUCCAUGGCAAGGAGGAGGAUGUGAUGAGAGGGAAAUGGCUUCUUAUCACCUUUGUCAUUUUUUUGUCUUUAGCUGUUCUUGAUUGUGUUAAAGAGUUCGAAUGAAGCGAGGGUGUUGUAUUCUUAACAAAAAA